CUGCCUCUGCCUGCGAGUCAUGCAAAGGUGAGGAGAUUGGUGGAGGAAUGAUUAACUCAGAGGGACACACCUUGGUGCCGGACCCUGGGAAGACUCUGGGCAGAGAGUGAGAUAUCCGUGCCCGCUCUGGUCUGCGUCCGCUCUCUCUCCUCACGCUCCUCACUGCAUCAAACCCAACAUGUCGUCGCCAGAUGACUCCGGCAGCACCAUCCCGUCCGGAUGUAGUGUGUUUGUCUCCUUUCCCGAGCUGCUGAUGCUGGGCGAGUUUGUGUUUGGAGGCCUGGUAUGGAUCCUAGUGGCUUCAGCGAGAGUUGCGUUUGUCUACGAUCAAGGCUGGGUGAUGUUCGUCUCAGUCUUCUGCUUCGUUAUAACCACGGUACUCUUCAUCCUGUACAUGCUCGGGGUCCAGAGAUGUUCCUCAGGAUGGACUGUGGUGGAUGUUUUUUACCAUUUCAUAGCAGCUGUCUUUUAUUUAAGUAUUGCUGUUUUGCAAGCCACAGACACCAGAGCUGGUCUAUAUUAUGGAAAGACCUACAGAAUCAACAUUGCUGCUACUGUGUUUGCGUUUGUGGCGACCUUACUCUACACGAUACACGCGAUCAGCUCCAUCGUGAGGUGGAAAACAUCCUCCUGAACAGACAUCCGUCGCACCUGCUGCCGCAACACUUUACCUGCGUCCCCAACACACCGACGUGUCUGAGUUUCAUCUUGUUUUACAUCUGUCUUCAAUGUGAUUGCAGUGUCCACGAACCUCAAUGACAGUACACAAUCAGCCCGAUGCUCUGCAAAAAUGUACCGUUCAUUCAGUCUAAGGUGGACAACAAUGCUGGAGGAACUCAGCGGCUGAGGCAGCAUCUAUGGAGCGAAGGAAUU